AUGAGAAAAUUUGUGAUCAUGGACCCGGUUCUGUCCCGGAAUGCGAAUGAAGUAUUUCUUGCACUGUGCAAAACAAUGCCACAGGACUAUGUGCUGGUUUUUUCUAUACCGCCUGGAAAGAAGAACAGCUGGAUGAGCGCGCUGAAGGAUAAGAUAGGUCUGCCAGACCAGUUUGUGCACAAAAUUGUGUUCGUUGACGAAGGGCAUCUUGAGUGCAUACGGACAGGGAACUCUGAGAACGAUGUGUUCUAUUUUUCCAACAUAGAAAGUAAUUUGAGGCAGAUAGAGAGAAUCAAGGAGAUGAAAGGAACAAUUUUGAUCAAACUGCCUUUUGCAGUAAAUAACGACUAUCUUAGCAUCGUACACAUACUCAAAAACAUUCCUAAUGAUGUACGAUUCAUCGAUUUUUACAAUAUGAAGUGUGUGAGGAGCAUCAUCAACGAUUUUUUCAGGAAAGACAAAUUCUACAACUUUUUGCUGUCCAGGGAGUACAUCGAAGCGAUAAUAAUACAAGACCUAAGCACAGAGCGGAGAACAAAAUAUGGCAUAGUGUUCGAAAUCAUGCAGCAUUUCUUUAUCAACAAUCUCAUCAGUGUGACAAAGGACAACUCGGAUGUUACCAAGGAUGUAUGUCCGCACUACGUGCAGAGGAUGGAGCGACUGAAACUGCUACGCAACCUGCGCACCAUCAAGAGUACGUGGUUCAGGUGCUACGUCUACCACCGCAUAUACGAUGAAUUCGUGCGCACAUCCGAUCGUGUGCUUCUCAGAGAUACUUAUACGUACCUGAGCAUGCAAAUCUACAACACACGGUGGUUCGGAGUGAGAAUAACGUUCAAUGCCGGACGAGGUUUCAGACGAGUUGUUGACCGCACAGUGAUCAAAUUUACGAAACUCGCAUUUAAAAGGCUUUUUGCGCGCUACUACUACAGAGAAAUUUACAACGAGGAGCGGGAGGAAAUACGCUACAUCAGUCUAAUUUUUCAAGACUUUCCGGAGCCACGGGUGUACCUAAAAAUUGAGUUCCGCCGCUCCAUCCGACGGCUUAUUAUCAUGAAUGAGGAUGAUAUCAGGGACUGGUUGAAGAAGCAGCGAAAUGGCAUGAGCGGACACGAAUACUUUUUCCACUGUUUCUUCAACAAACAGGAUGUAUCGUACGUGCGAUUGGAGGAAGUUGAGGAGAUUUAUCGUAUAUUCUGGUUCUUUUACAACAAGCUAUAUGGAUACGGCGUGUAUGCAGAGAAUGCUAAAGCACCUAACUUGCUGUACCAGCUGGCCAACGAUAACUUUAAAGAUUGA